UUUUUAUCUUGUCGUUGUAUCAGGAAUCGUUAAUCUUGAAUUGUUCAUAAGUCCGGGCACUUUCCAGUAUAAAAGUCAGCCCACCACUCGACUAACACUUGACAUAUAAUUACAUCACUAUCACGUUGAACAUAAGAUGAGACACUCACUGCAAGGACUUGUAGCGCUCGCCGCGGCCCUCACCUCGGUCACGGCUCGCUCUAUCUCCGUCGACUCUCGCAAAGAAGUACGCGCCUCGGCAAUCGAUACCUCCACCUUGAACGGCAAGUUCUUUGUCGGCUACCAGGCAUGGUUUCGAAAACCGCACGAAGGAAAUGGCAACUCACAUUGGACAACGGACCGAGAUACACCGGAAAUUGGACACGUUGGUGUUGACAUGAUCCCUAACGUUACAGGCUAUCCACCAGAAUGCCUCUUUGACACUCCCUUUACCAAGUCUGACGGCAGCCUUGUCCAGUUCUACUCUAACAACUGCGAAGGCGUUGUGGAUCUCCACUUCAAGACCAUGUCCGAAUAUGGGAUCAGCGGCGCGUUUUUGCAGAGGUUCUAUGGCUACAUCCACGAAACUAACGGGAACUGGGUAGAGAUUCUCAACUACGCCAAGAAGGCAGCUGAGAAGUACGGCCGAGGGUUUGUCAUAGAGUAUGAUCUGAAUGGCGCCUCCAGUGCCACGAGCGACGUCGCAGCAACUCUCCUCGCAGAUCUAGCCGCGCUCAGCGACAUCACCUCCUCGCCAGCAUACAUGCGCCAUGACGGCAAACCAGUCAUCGAGAUCUGGGGCGUCGGCAUCGUGUCCGAAGUGACGGCCGAGGAUGCUGUCAACACCGUUACCGCGCUCAAGAACGCCGGGUAUUACGUCAUCCUGGGUGUGCAACAGGCCUGGCACGCGGAGCUCGUCGAGAACAGAACCGGCUACGGGAACGCGUUCAAGCUGGCCGACAUGAUCCAGCCCUGGACGGUAGGCGCGUAUGGAAACGACAACUACCAGGACUUUCACGACGGGCGCCAGGCCGUCGAGGACACCGAGGCCCUGCACGAGCUGGGCAUUGAAAGCAGUAUCGUCGUCUGGCCCGGCGGCUCCAGCAGCAACGCGAACCCGAGCGAGACCUUCGACCACUUCCCGAGGUUCAACGGGUCGUUCUACCAGAAGCAGCUGGAAGGCGCCGUGGGCAUGAAGCCCAGCUUCGUCUUCGGGGCCAUGUUCGACGAGGUCAACGAGGCCACAGCCAUAUACCCCGUGCUGAGGAACAGCGAGCUGCCCACCAACCAGAGGUUCCUGGGCAUCGAUGACGAUGCGGAGCCCGAUGCAUAUUUGAAAAUGGCUGGUAAUGCCGCUGCGCAGAUCGCCGCCGCCUGGGCCUGAGUUACGUCUUGAGGGUUCCCGGGGGGGCCUGAACUAUAAAACCUGUACAUAGAACUGCAAACUUGCUCACCCCUUUAGCCAACCAACGCUUAGAUCAUUCUAUUUGAAGAACUUUACCUAUAUAAGCCUUGAGAAA